AGGAGCCCCCCAUGGACUUCCACGAGGAUGACAAGCGGUUCCGCAGGGAGGAGUACGAGGGGAACCUCCUGGAGGCGGGUCUGGAGCUGGAGCGCGACGAGGAGACUAAGAUCCACGGCGUCGGGUUUGUGAAGAUCCACGCGCCCUGGAACGUGCUGUGCAGAGAGGCGGAGUUUCUGAAACUGAAGAUGCCGACCAAGAAGAUGUAUCACAUCAAUGAGAUGCGGGGCCUCCUGAAAAAGAUCAACUCGGUGCUCCAGAAGAUCACGGACCCCAUCCAGCCCCGGGUGGCGGAGCACAGAGCCCAGACCAUGAAGAGACUCUCCUACCCCUUCUCCAGGGAGAAGCAGCACCUAUUUGACCUGUCUGACAAGGAUUCCUUUUUCGAUAGCAAAACCCGAAGCACAAUAGUCUAUGAAAUUCUGAAAAGAACAACGUGUACCAAAGCCAAGUACAGCAUGGGGCAAGGAGAGGGAAGAAAGAAGGACUCUGCCCUUUUAAGUAAAAGGCGAAAGUGUGGUAAAUACGGCAUCACCAGCCUGCUGGCCAAUGGCGUCUACUCGGCUGCCUACCCUCUGCACGAUGGAGAGUAUGAAGGUGAGGACGUGGAGUUCAAUGACAGAAAACUCCUGUACGAAGAGUGGGCCAGCUACGGCGUCUUCUAUAAGUACCAGCCCAUCGACCUGGUCAGGAAGUACUUUGGGGAGAAGAUCGGCCUGUACUUCGCCUGGCUGGGCGUGUACACCCAGAUGCUCAUCCCCGCCUCCAUUGUCGGGGUCAUCGUUUUCCUCUAUGGAUGCGCCACCGUCAAUGAAAACAUCCCCAGCAUGGAGAUGUGUGACCAGAGCCACAACAUCACCAUGUGCCCGCUGUGCGACAAGACCUGCAGCUACUGGAAGAUGAGCUCGGCCUGCGCCACCGCCCGGGCCAGCCACCUCUUCGACAACCCGGCCACCGUCUUCUUCUCCAUCUUCAUGGCUCUCUGGGCCGCCACCUUCAUGGAGCACUGGAAGCGGAAACAGAUGCGUCUCAACUACCGCUGGGACCUCACAGGCUUCGAGGAGGAGGAGGAGGCCGUCAAGGACCAUCCCAGAGCUGAGUAUGAAGCUAGAGUUUUGGAGAAGUCACUUAGGAAAGAAUCCAAGAACAAAGAGGAUGAAAUGGAAGGGAUUGCUCAACCAGCCAUCCCUGAACAAAUGGCCAGUUCCUUGUUCCACUCACAGACAAGGAGGAUGAGAGAGAGAGAGAAGCACCGGAAUACUCCAGAAGAGUCAACAAACAAAUGGAAGCAGAGGGUUAAGACAGCCAUGGCGGGGGUGAAAUUGACUGACAAGGUGAAGCUGACCUGGAGAGACCGGUUCCCCGCCUACUUCACCAACUUGAUGUCCAUCGUCUUCAUGAUCGCGGUCACCUUCGCCAUCGUCCUUGGGGUCAUCAUCUACAGAAUCUCCACAGCCGCCGCCUUAGCCAUGAACUCCUCCCCCUCCGUGCGGUCCAACAUUCGGGUCACGGUCACGGCCACUGCAGUCAUCAUCAACCUGGUGGUCAUCAUCCUGCUGGACGAGGUCUACGGCUGCGUAGCCCGGUGGCUCACCAAGAUCGAGGUCCCCAAGACCGAGAAGAGCUUCGAGGAGAGGCUGAUCUUCAAGGCUUUCCUGCUGAAGUUCGUCAACUCCUACACCCCCAUCUUUUACGUGGCUUUCUUCAAAGGCCGGUUCGUGGGGCGCCCCGGCGACUACGUGUACAUCUUCCGAUCCUUCCGCAUGGAAGAGUGCGCCCCGGGCGGCUGCCUGAUGGAGCUCUGCAUCCAGCUCAGCAUCAUCAUGCUGGGCAAGCAGCUCAUCCAGAACAACCUGUUCGAGAUCGGCAUCCCGAAGAUGAAGAAGUUCAUCCGCUACCUGCGGCUGAAGCGCCAGAGCCCCGCCGACCACGACGAGCACAUGAAGAGGAAGCAGCGAUACGAGGCGGACUUCACGCUGGAGCCGUUCGGGGGCCUCACCCCAGAGUACAUGGAGAUGAUCAUCCAGUUUGGCUUCGUCACCCUGUUCGUGGCAUCCUUCCCCCUCGCCCCGCUGUUCGCGCUGCUGAAUAACAUCAUCGAGAUCCGCCUGGACGCCAAAAAGUUCGUCACCGAGCUGCGCAGGCCGGUGGCCGUCAGGGCCAAAGACAUCGGAAUCUGGUACAACAUUCUCAGAGGCAUCGGGAAACUUGCCGUCAUCAUCAACGCCUUCGUGAUCUCCUUCACGUCGGACUUCAUCCCCCGCCUGGUGUACCUGUACAUGUACAGCAAGAACGGGACCAUGCACGGCUUCGUCAACCACACCCUCUCCUCCUUCAACGUCAGCGACUUCCAGGACGGCACGGCCCCCAACGACCCCCUGGACCUGGGCUACGAGGUGCACAUCUGCAGGUACAAAGACUACCGGGAGCCCCCGUGGUCGGAACACAAGUACGACAUCUCCAAGGACUUCUGGGCCGUCCUGGCGGCACGGCUGGCCUUCGUCAUCGUCUUCCAGAACCUGGUCAUGUUCAUGAGCGACUUCGUGGACUGGGUGAUCCCGGACAUCCCCAAGGACAUCAGCCAGCAGAUCCACAAGGAGAAGGUGCUGAUGGUCGAGCUGUUCAUGCGGGAGGAGCAGGGCAAGCAGCAGCUGCUGGACACGUGGAUGGAGCGGGGCCCGAAGAAGGGCGAGUCCUGCGGCAACCACAGCCCCCAGGCCGGCCCGGUGACUUCAGCUUUGCAGGAGGACCUCUGGUGUACCCAGCACUUGGACCUUUAUGCAGCAUUUGACAUCAUAUGCGAUCACGUGGGGAAGGACUGGAGAAGACUGGCUCGUCAGCUGAAAGUGUCUGACAGCAAGAUCGAUGCCAUCGAGGUGAAGUAUCCCCGCAACCUGACAGAGCAGGUGAGGGAGUCGCUGAGAGUCUGGAAGAGCACCGCACGGGAGCGAGCGGCCGUGCCCCACCUUGUGGAGGCGCUCAGGGCCUGCCGGCUCAACCUGGUGGCAGACCUCAUCGAGGAGCACCAGCAGGCCCGGGACCUCCAGCGCGAGAACGAGAGCGGAAGCAGCACUAUGUCCCUCAUGUCGUGGGACGUGGACGCACCCAGCACAAGAGCCUCCUCCUGA